ACUUUUUGAAAAGUGGAGCGUGGAUGGGGUGGUAGCCGAGGAAUUGGAAUUGGGGAGAUGACUCGGAAAAGGGAUUCGUUCGCUUUUCUUAAAAGCGAGAAUCAAAAAGGUGGAAAGGAAAAUUGGAAGCUCGGAGGCCACAUAAACUUCUUGUGGCUGAGAAUUCGUUUUCCCCGCUGACGUGGCGCACCCACCUUUGCUACUACUACUAUUACUUGAUCAAGAAAAGCGAAACCCAUUUCCAGAAAGCGGCGCCGAAACCAAACAAGCUCCCGAACGCCAAACACUCCCCCUGCUCUCGAGAUCUAAUCCCCAAACCCACCGGAUUUCUCUCUCUCUCUCUCUCCCUCUCUCUCUCUCUCAUUUUAUUAUCAGACUUAAUGUCGGAAGGGAAAGACCCAGCGAUUAAGCUAUUUGGAAAGACGAUUCCGCUGCGAGAUCCUGUUGCCGAUGAGGAUCUUCCAUCUUCGCUCGAGGAGAAUAGCAACUCGAACAGAGGUGGAAAAGAUCAAGAACCUGAUGAGGCCCUCUCAGGCGAAAGACUACAGGAUACAAAACAGGAAGAUGGAUCCCAGCCUAUUACUGCAGAGGAGAUUACAGUUUCAAAUGCAACUGAAGUAGUAAAUGAGAACCCAAAGACUCCAUCCUUUGACAAUGAAGCUGCAACAACAAAAACUUCGAAGACCGAAGAAGAGCACAGCGACACUAGUAACUCACAGGAUAAAACCCUGAAGAAACCAGACAAGAUACUUCCAUGCCCCCGCUGUAAUAGCAUGGACACAAAGUUUUGUUACUACAACAAUUACAAUGUCAACCAGCCUCGCCACUUCUGUAAGAACUGCCAGAGAUACUGGACAGCAGGGGGGACAAUGAGGAACGUUCCAGUGGGCGCUGGUCGUCGGAAGAACAAGAACUCAGCUUCUCACUAUCGCCACAUCACCGUGUCGGAAGCUCUUCAGAAUGCUCGAGCGGAUCUUCCCAAUGGGACCCUCCACCCCACUCUAAAGCCCAAUGGCACCGUCCUCACAUUUGGCACGGACUCUCCUCUUUGUGAGUCAAUGGCUCAAGUUUUGAACAUCGCAGAGAGCACAAUGCGGAAUUGUUCACAAAAUGGGUUUCAUAAACUGGAAGAACAGAGAGUUCCCGUUUGUUACGGAGGUGGAGAGAUUGGGGAUGAUCAGUCUAGCGGAUCUUCAGUCACUGCUGCAAAUUCAAAGGACGAUGUUGGCAAAAUGGGACCGCACAAUCCGAUGAUGCAAAAUUUCAAUGGCUUCCACCCGCAAGUACCUUGUUUUCCUGGGGCUCCAUGGCCUUACCCGUGGAAUCCGGCUCAGUGGAACCCUGCUUUUUGCCCUCCAGGCUUUCCUAUGCCAUUCUAUCCUGCACCACCACCUUAUUGGGGUUGUACCAUGCCGGGAACUUGGAAUGUUCCUUUGGUAGCACCACCUAAUUCUUGUCCAAACCAAACAGCUCCUAGUUCUGGUCCUAAAUCCCCAACGUUGGGGAAGCAUUCAAGGGACGAAAACGAGGUUAAGCAUACUUCGUCCGGUGAAGAAGAGCCACGGAAAGAGAGUAGUCCUGAGCGGUACCUAUGGAUUCCAAAAUCUUUGAGAAUUGACGACCUAGGAGAAGCCGCAAGGAGUUCUAUAUGGGCGACACUGGGAAUUAAAAAUGAUAAAGCGGAUUCAGUUAGUGGGGGAAGUCUUUUCAAGGCCUUCCAAUCGAAGGGUGGUGAGAAGAAUCAUACGUCAGAUACCUCUUCAGUGUUACAAGCCAAUCCCGCAGCAUUGUCAAGGUCUCUCAACUUCCAUGAGAACUCAUAAGUUUGUAGCUUGGAAAAUUUCUAACUUGUGUCAUGGUGGAAAUGGAAAGGAGUGGUUCAAUUGAUGGAUUCAAAUGACUGAGUUCAAUUCAUGGUACUCAUAUGCGGGAAUCCGUUCACAGAACUCUCCAACCGGGAGGAGAGCGACGAUGAAGACUGAAGAGUCAUAGAUUAGCUGGAAGUAGCAACUGAUUUCUACUUUUUGUUGUUGGGUUAUAGUAAGAGCUGCUACCUUUCCAUUUUGUGUAAAUGGUUGUGCUUGAGACGUUAGACUCAUGUACAUAUUUUUGUAUGAAACGGGGCAAACUAGUCUACAUAGUGAGUUUAUGUACCAAGAUCCCCAAGUGUAGUAAAAUAAAUUGGGGAAUAAAUUUCAGACUUUUCCUGCCUUC